AUGUGGUUAACCCUGACAAUUGCCAAUGCAAUAGAGGCCUUUAAUUCCUUAGAUGUUACCCUGGAGUUCAGUGAGACCUCCUGGUGUAUUGCACCUUUUGCUCUUGGUAUAAUUUUGGUUGGUCAACCACUCCAGGAGAGGUACGAAGUCUCUGGUGAGGAGCACCUUUACUCUGAUUUCCCAGAGAUUGAUUUGUCUCCGCUGGAUACCAGUGACUUUGACUCAGCCAAUUGCUUCAGCGAGUUCCAGUGGUGGUGUGAGCACUCUGAAACAGAAUCCAGUCAGUACAGCACAGAUGACUCUGAGCUCUUUCAGAUUAUUGACAGUGAGAAUGAAGCUUUGCUGGCAGCUCUCACUGAGACACUGGAUGACAUUCAGGAAGAAGACAUGGGUCUGGCUGCCUUCAAAAAUAUAGACGAGGAGGACAUGCCCAACAGCGGCUACACCUCACCUAUCCCCUCUCCCAAUCCUGCUGCACCAGUCACGAGGGGGCCUCCUGGGGCCCAAGAGGUUGAUGAGCUGUCUCUACUGAAGAAGUUGCUUCUCUCGCCAUCCAAUGUGCCUCCAAGCUAUGAGGUUCAAAAAGAGGGGAAUAUAUGGCGUCAAGGAACUCCUAAAUCCAGACCUCAGCGCUCCUGUACAAAGGUGGAAGGAGUCCAAGACAGAAAGUCAACUUUUCCCCAGGCUCAGAGUCGGAACUGCACUGAGCUUCAUAAACAUCUUACCACGACCACCAGCAAACACUGCCUACACAGAAAAAACAGUGGGCUACUAGACGAGUGUCAUGCUGACAACAUUAACACCUGCUCUGUACCCCAGAGACAUUAUAUCCAAAACAAAGAAGAAAGCAGUUUAAGUAAAGAUGCCUUGAAUUGCAGCAACGUUGCAGUGCCUCCUCUCUCUUCCUCUGAGAAAAGCACUGGAGACAAGGAACUUCACGCUGCAGUGGAGCUUAUCCACUACAUGCAUACUUACUGCCUUCCUCCAAGAAAGCUGCCCCCCACGCAUCCUGCUGAGGGGAAACACCAGCCUUUUCACAGCCCUUCCAAAAGAGCAAAGCCAGAUUCCCCCCUGCAGCAGCCUCCACUCUGUGGGAAUGAUAAUUGCCCAUCCAGUCCUUGGUACUUCUCCAUGCACUGCAAACAAUCCCGAACUCCGCUUUCUGAAUUUUCCAUCCUGAAAGAACUGCUUGCCAGAGAACUCCCAUGUGAUGUGAGUAAGCCAUAUCGGUUAGCAAAACCUGUGUACGCCUCCUUGGCCAGGUCACAGCUUCACAAAUCUUCAAGAACUUCACUUCACAAUGCCGGGAGGGACUCUUCGGAUGGAUAUAAUAAGCCCGCAACCAAAAUAAUACCAGAAAUGAAAACUGAGCUGAGACAGGUUCUCAAAGUAGAGCCCGAGGCUGAAAAAGAAACGGUGGAAGAGGAUAGUGCAAAACAAGGGACUCACAUGGGUCAGGGAUCCUAUGGGAAGACAAGCCGCAAGCAGGAUACCUCUAUUUAUGCAGUGCGUCGCUCUAAAAGGCUCAACCCUGAGCUCAGCGUUUGGCAGUCUUUCUUUGAUAAGCCUCCCUCAGAACCUGCAGUGUCCUCAGUGACCACAGCAAACCCAUUCGCUUCAGUAGAGCCUGCCCUCUGCUCAUCUUUGCAAAACUUUGAUACAGACGCACCAGCAGCAGAAGUAGAAGUGAGUGGUGCUGAUGAGACGGAUGGGGGAUUCCAGAGUUUCCCAAUGGAAUUGCAGACCCCUUCGCCGGAAAGUUCUAGGGAGAGUCAGUGCUUCACCCCCUGUCAUCAAACAGAAGCACCACGGUGUCUGUCAUUGCCCUUGGCACAAACAGAAUCAACACUCGGGAAGCGCAGCUUUGAUCAAGUUCUGACCGUAGAGCUGUGUGGCACUGCAGGUCUCACACCACCAACUACUCCUCCAUACAAGCCUUCGGAAGAGGACCUAUAUAAGCCAGACAUUCACCAGAGACCAGCACAGAAGACUGCUGCCAUCACCAGCUCUGAGCCACAACCAAUGAUCAGUCAUAAGCCAAUUUCCAGAAAACAUCAGAAAAAGCAACCAGUGCGGACAGAGCUGUAUGCCCACCUGAGUCGGUCUGCUAUUCACCCUGCUCACUCUGAGCAGCAUGGGGUGUUGAAACGCCCGUUCUCACGGUCUUUUGGUGAUCAUGAUUAUUGCCAAGUCUUGAAACCUGAGUAUUCGCUCCAGAGGAAGGUGCUAAGAUCUUGGGAGCCCCUGAGCCAUAUAGAAAGCCAACGCAAGAGGCAAGUGCCUGACGUUCCCUAUCAGGAGGAAAGCAACAAGAGUUUUGAUAAAAGCUCAGUGAAGGAGGGCAGCAAACAGCUGAGGGACCAAGAAAUCAGAGCCAGUUUGACCAAACACUUUGGUCUUUUGGACAGUGCCCUGGAUGAUGGGGAGGCCCUGUUCUUCAAAUCUCCUGAAUAUGAUACUGUCUUUGAAGACAGCUGCAGUGAGAUUGGUUCUCCACUGGAAGAGGAGGAAGAAGAGGAGGAAUGCUACAUGAGUCCAUUGGGUUCCAACAGAUGUCUACACAGUAGUGCUCUUUCUAGGACCAAUUUCCACUAUUGCUCCCGAAGUAGAUCUGAUUCAGAGUCUUCAUGCUGCAGAAGUAGGUCUCCAGUCAGCCAGCAGGCUUUCAGACGUGAAAAUGGCAAGCGUUGUCAAGAUGGAAAUGUGAGCAGCCAGAGAUUGAUGGAGAAAAAAAGAGAAAAAGCCAUUGGAGAAGGUCGUGUAGUAUACAUCCAAAAUCUUGCCAGCAGUAUGAGCUCUAGUGAACUGAAGAAGCAGUUUGAAGUGUUUGGAGAGAUUGUUGAGUGUUGCAUUUUGACCAAGAAUAAAAGGGGAGAUAAAUAUGGUGUCAUCACAUACCGGUGUUCUGAGCACGCUGCCUUGUCCUUGAAGAAUGGUGCUUCUCUGUGGAAAAGAAAUGAGCCGUUGUUCCAGCUGGCUUAUGGCGGCUUUGGACACUUCUUUUGGACCAGAUUUACUGAUUUGGAUUCCAACACAGAAGAGUCCUCUCCAACUCCAGUAAAAAGCAAAUAUGAGACCAUGGAUUUUGACAGCCUGCUGCAGGAGGCCCAGGAAAGUUUGCAUCGGUAACAGCCUUAACCUUUGAGGAAUACCU